UAUAUUAUUACAUUAAAAUCGUUUUGCUGUAUUUGAUAUGUUGCUUUCAUUUAGGUGAAAUUCCGAUGUCUUUUUACACAGGUACUGAUAAGUUGGAUUCACCAUCGUUGUGUGUCAACGAUCAUUUUAUAUUCGACAGAGAUUUGAAUGGUGCUGGUCGAGGUUUGAAUUUGGUUAUUAUUGAUGCGAAAACACAUGGCGUGGUACGAACGGGACAUUUUGAUACUUAUGAACAAGUACCGAGCUGGUGGCCUUUCUCGAGCGGAUGUCAACUGGCGAAAUUGUCGCUUUGGCUAUCUGAUUUGGCCAAAGAUAUUUUCUAUGAGCUAGGAUCGAGUUUGAUUUACAAAUUGAAAUUUCGUGCAUCGUGGUAUUUUGUGGGUCAGAAAGGUAUCGAUGGGUUUAGUGCAUUCGAAGACUUAACAAUGCCACCGGCUGGUAGCGAUUGGGCGAAGGCAAUUAACAAGAAAGUUUGUGUACCAUCGAACUUGAGCGGUCGACAAACCCUUAGUGGACAAUCGCCCGAUAGAACACAGAAACCACGUCAAAACAGUGCACGUCGUCAUUUUUGUGCACGUUUCGAUGGUUAUGAGGAUUUUUGUUCAGACGAUCGAAUCGACCAACUGAUAACAGCACGCACUUUGUCGGAUCCAAAACGUGCCAGCCACGAAAUAUUCUCAAUACCGAUUCUUAUCGUUGCCGGUUUGAAUAUGAAUAAUGUACGAAUAUGUUUGGAAAGUUUAAUGAAUCAAGAGGGUGUAAAUCGUGACAAUAUUCUAGUAACGUACAAUAGUGAUUAUUCGGAAGUGAAUGAGUUAGCCAAUUUAUUUGGUGUACGUUCAACUGCUAUCAACACCACGUCGUCAUAUAAUGGAUUUGUGACGAGUUCAUCAAUACCAUCAGCAGUGUAUCGAGUUGAACAUGUGAAAUUUCAUGGUGCGUAUUUGCUGAAACGAAAUGCAAUCGAGAAGUGCAUCUUGGCAAAAGAAUCGACUUGUUCCCGGAAAGCAGCAGUGAGUGGUGAGUGUGUGUGCAAUGGCUAUAUGCCGGACGUAUCGCGAAUGCAAUGGAUUGCCACCGAUAAUGAGCUGAAUAAUCCGUUGCUGUAUUCAUUUGUGCACAACACAAUUGAUGUUAUCGGUGACAAUAUGAACGGUAAUGAGAGUGUAACGGAUAGUGUUGAAGAUGCGCAAUCAACUGAUCAACAACCAGCGAGACUGUUCACGACGUGA